AACCGCCAAAAGCCGCCACGAUGUACCGCUCAACCAAAGGAGCGUCCAAGGCUCGACGAGACCAGAUCAACGCCGAGAUACGGAACCUGAAGGACUUGUUGCCCAUAUCUGAUGCAGAUAAAUCCCGGCUGUCAUACCUGCACAUCAUGUCGCUCGCCUGCAUGUACACCAGGAAAUCAGUCUUCUUUACCCAAGAAACUGGAGCUGCUGCUGGUUCCGAGGAGAGUACGAGCUUUCUGUCUUUCCAUGAGCUGUCGGAGUUGAUGCAGGUGCUGCCGGGCUUUCUGAUGCUGCUGACUGGGGAGGGAAAGCUCCUCUACCUGUCAGACAGUGUCUCUGAGCACCUUGGCCACUCCAUGGUGGAUCUUGUGGCGCAGGGGGACAGCGUGUAUGACAUCAUUGACGCCUCAGACCACUUUAUUAUGAGGACCAACCUCUCGACUUCCACAUCAUUAGAGACAGACCGUCUCUUCCGCUGCCGUUUCAACACCUCCAAGUCUGUCCGCAGGCAGAGUGCUGGGAACAAACUGGUUCUGAUCCGAGCUCGCUGCCUUUCUCCCCCCGCUUCCUCUCCUGCUACCGGCUCCUACUGGACCUCCAACCCAGUCUGGGUGUGCUUCUGCUCCCCUCUGGAGCCCCACCCAACCCGAUCCGGACCCUCGGCAGAGAGGGAGACGACCUCUACCUCUCACCUCCCUGAUACAAACUUGUUCCUGGCCUGCUUCCAUUCCCAGCACAGCAGGGACCUGAGGCUGCACACUGCCCAUGACAGUGUGACUGCCUUUCUCGGCUUUGAUGUGACAGCUUUACGCUCUCGCUCCUGGUACAGCCUCCUCCACCCACACGAUCUGUCACACGCCUGCGCCCAGCACCGCAGCCUCUUGAGAGAGGGAGGUGAAGGCAGAGCUGAGAUGGUGGUGAGAGUGCAAGCUCAAGACCAGUCAUGGGUUUGGCUCUACAUGGUGCUGCAGCUGCAAGUUGGAGAAAUCCCCAUCAGCAGCAUCAACUACAUCAUAAGUGAGUCUGAGGCCUGGUCUGUGCGUCAACAGCUCACCUCAGAACAGACCCAACUGUCUCUGGUUCUGAGUGCUGGUACCUCUCAGCCAGAGGGUCUGAGUCUUCAGUCUCCAGAAACACUGUCCAGCCCAGAUCAGGUCUUCACUCCUGGCAGCAGCGGCCUGUCCGGCCAGUCAUUUGACUUUAGUACCACAGGCUGCAGCGUUGCUUCCUCUGAUGAACCGGGGAGCUCCGCUGCCAAGGCCAUGCAGCUGGAAACCGACCCUCGUUCCAGUAUCUCCUCCCUGGAGGAAGAAAGCUUCUUUCAGCAGCAUCCCACCGGCCCUGAAGAAAGCCCCUCAGCUGCUUCCUCCCCAACUCCUGUCACUGUUGAAACAGUAGCAGACUUGGACUUUCUAACACAGAACAUUCUUCUGCCGCCCUCCUUCCAGCUGGAUCCUCCCCUGCCUGCUCUCCCCCUGCCGCUCCCUCCAGUUCCCACCACUCAAGCUCAGCAAACCAAAGAGUUUGUGUGCACACCUCCCUACACACCCCAAGUUGGUGCUAGCUUCCCGUUUGGUGAACCCCUCUUUAGCUUUGACCCCACUGGCACCACCACACCUCCCCCCUCGGCAACAACAGCCACAGCUACCACUUCCAUGGCCCCCUCAGUAUCCUCAUCAGCACCACCGACUACCGCCUCCAGCCCUGCUCCCCCAACAACCCUCUGUACCAAACUCCCACUGCUCCUGCCUACUCCAUCCACUGAACUGCUAUUCUCUGUGGAGCCCUGCAGUGGCACUCUUUAUGAAAAACUGCCACCCACACCAGACAGCCCAGGAGAUGGUGACUGCACAGUGAUGACCCUACCCGAGGUCCGGGGCCCAUUAUACGUAGAUGUACCACUAGGGCCCCUCCAGUGUCCUCCGGAUGGCCUCCUCACACCAGAGUCAUCCCCUGGCAAACAGCCAUGUCUCUCCUUCUUCUCCUUAGACAGAGAGAGGGAGAAAGAGAGGGCAGAAAUCUCCCUUUUAGCGCAACAUAUCAGUUCAUUUGCAGAGGGAUUCUAUCUGGAUCCACUCCUGUCUAAACUCUCUCCUCCCUCCAUGUCACCCUCCUCCUCUCCUCCUUCCCCCUUCCUUUCUCCCUCCUUAGAAACUGCUAAUACUGAUUCAGUGCAGAUGCUUAGGGAGUUUUAUCCCAUCAAGGCUUGGAGAGGACUGGACAUUCCCGUAUUCCUCGAUGACGAUGACUCUCUGUUUGAAGAGAGCAUCCUCGAAACCCUCCUUCAAGAUGACCUUGCUCCUCCCCCCCAGUCCCCUCACCUCUCUUCCCCCUCUCCCACAUCCACUCCUAUGGUCAACCCUUCCAGUCCAGCCUCUCCACUAACCACAGUGUGCUGGCACCAACCCUCCCAGUUUGAGGGAGUGGGCCGAUUCUGUAGCGUCCAAUCGGCGCAAUGUAACUCCAUGGCUGGGUGUAGGGCGGCUGCGGCUACCGAGGCCGGGGCAAAGGUGGAAGGGGAGGGGCUAGCAGAGGAGCCAAUGGAGAUUGAGGUGGUGUCACCUCCUGUAUCCUCUUGCUCCUCCAUCCCAGCUUCCCCUCCCCUUAACAUCACUGCCUCCCCCAGCCCCAUCACCUCCACGCCCAGCGCCUCGCCCACGCCCGCCGUGUCUUGCACUCAGUCCCUCCUGGAGGAACUGGCUGUCCUGGAACCCAUGUUUGGGGCAGGUGCCUCUAUCACCCCUGGCUUAGGGCAACAACCUGAGUUGUAUCAACUCCAGUGUCAUCCAUCGCAACAGUGCUUCCACAAAGAUGGGAGUGGAAGUGUUCCUCCGUUCUAAAAUAAGUCUGUGACUUACUUCAUUAAGUAUGGCAUAUUGUCAUAUUUUGUGGAGACCCUUUUACUGAAAAGUAAAAAAUAAUUAAGUGUAUAAAUAUACAUAAUGUAUAUAUAAUUUAAGGACUUUUAACUCCUACAUGUCUCAAAGAACAAAGAUUGGCUUACUAUUUUUGUUCAAUCAUUAAUCUGUGUGCUACUACAAAACUGGUGCAAGACUUGCAUGAUGGUGCAAACACAUGGGUCCAUAACUGACCCGAGUUCUGGGUCCAUGUGGGUGUCUCGCAGCUUCUCUGUAACAUGAGCUUCAGAUACGAUCAGAGAGAGAAACAUCUCUGAACAUGUAAGCGCUGUUUAUCUUCCAGACGCGCAUUUGUAUUCACUCAUAGUGAAAAGCCUGUUGUGAACAAAUAAAUGAACAACAUUCUUGCUAUGUCAAUAGGGAGACAGCUUACAGCACUGACGUGCAGCAAAGCAAACCCAAACCUCAACAGUCCGGGAGAUCCAAAUUUCCAAAUUCUUUACAUCUUCAAUAUGUCCACUCAGAGUGACACUUCCUGCUAAGAACUUGUCAGAGGCAAUUCAGCCCUAAUUUAACUGCUGUACUUCAUCGCAGCCUAAAUGCGACUUAAAUCCUGGGACACUGAGCUUUGAGUUUGCUGCUUGAAACCUUUAACAUUUCAUAUUUAUCUCCAUCUAAAAACUUGUGUAUUAAUGUGAUGUGCAAACAUAAAACGUGACGAGAUCCCAGCAUGUUAAGAUCUCUAGAAUGUCGAUGCUGUUCAUUACUUUUGAGGUGUUAACGUCAAAUGGAAACUGGAAGAUUUCCGGAGCUCUGAUCAUGCUACAAAUCCACCACUACAUGCCGUACUGUAUAUCAGACUCUGAAUGUGAGGUCUUCAGGUCACUCCUGGCCUGCGGGUAGUCAGCUGGAUAUUCUUGCAGCAUCAGUAUUUGCAAUGCUGGCAGCUUAUAGCGGCUCCUUUUGUGCCUGAAAUGGCCCUGACCUGCUGAACUCUUUAUCCAUGUCCGUUCCUAAUGGGACAGUUGCAUCGUUGCUCGGUGCAGUGAGGCACAACAGAUUAUAUGAAUGAGCGAUUCUUCUUUUUUGAGAGGGGUUAGAAUAUAAAAGUUUUGUUUUAAAAAAAUGAUAAUAUGGAUGGGGUGCUAUUUCUAUUCAGUUACCAAGCGACACGGGUUGAGAAUGGUACUAUUCCCAUGGUGUCGACAUGCUCACGUAGAGUUGUCUACGGUCAAGUAAAGGAUUGAUUCCUACGUUCUAGCUAUUAAAGGCUAAGUUAAUAUACAUGUGUAAAAUUAUUCUGUGUGAAAUUUGAAAAAAAAAGUUAAUGCAUAUGCAUUAUGUCUGUGGAUAUAGGCAUAUGUUCUUUUCAGAAAGGUUGUACACAUUUGUACAUUUGUAUGAAACCAUUAUUGGUCUGUAUAUAUAAGAAAGCUUUUUAUUGCAUAAGAUAGAAUAUAUUUAAUCAAUUCAUAUCUGCAGAAUGGACAUUGUGGAUCAGUGUUCUAUUGUGUUGCUUAUAAGUGUAUUUGGUUGUAAUACAAAUGCAUUUAUAAUAAAGUGCACUUAAUAUUGCUGA